UGAGCGGAGCAGAUUACUGUUCGAUUUGAGAAGGGCGCGACUCCCGCUUUUGCACGCCACGAGCGCUAUUACAGGGGUCCCCGGAGCUCAGCAUAAUCGAAUCAGCCCACUCUCUCCUUGACUGUCAUACAAAAAUUCCUCACUUCGUGUGCCUAUUUUUAUGGACCUAUUUUGGGCCGAGUAAAAUAAAUUGCUUCUCCUUUGCCUUUCGAAGUUCGAAAUUCUUCUCAAAACAUUACAAUUGUAAUUAUUUAUGUAACAAAAGCGUGUGAUCAAUCAGACAGAAUGGGCGUGGUAAAUCCACUAGCCGCUCAUGCACAUGUUGUUCGUUCCCUUGGUUACAUGGCGCUCUCAACAGUGACUGAAAGCAAAGAGAGAAAAACAACUGCAGAAACUUUUCGCACUAAUAGCUAAGUAGCUAGCUACCCUGUUAUAUGCAAAUACUUUGGUACGUUAGAAUUAUAAAGUAGGCACUUUUGCGAUCCCCUACAUUAGCUAUGAAUGCCAACAAAUUGCUAGCUAACGUUAGCUGCAUAAUAUAAGGCAUGUCUGUUCCUGCUCUGAAGAUGGACCAACAGGUCGACGACGACAGGGUUUUGUUCCCCACUGCUGUGUUGGAGGAAGUGCUCGUGGAGGCGCGGCGUAAACAUGCCAUCUGCCGGCUCUUUGGGUCCAGCAGCAUUUUCCUAUCAUCUGAAAGCCGGAGAGAGGACCGGCCUGAUCUCAUUAACAUUUUAACAAACAAAGCCAUUGAACACUAUGAGAAUGGAGAAGAGGCAAUGGCAGAGUCCCAAUUUUCAAAGGCUGUGACAUUCUUCACCAAAGCUAUCCAUCUUCAGCCGAAACAGACCCAGCUCUAUGUGAGCCAGGCGGAGGCCUAUUUACAGUUAUGUGACUUCCAGUCUGCAGUCGUCAGCUACAGGCAUGCCUGCCUCCUGGAGCCUCAGGCUAAGACCUUACACACACGUCUGGCCUUCAUCUAUUACCUACAGGGCCAAUGUUUGUAUGAUAAGGGCAUGUUCCUGGAUGCCCUGGAGUCGUUUGCCAAGGCUGCGGAGCUCAAGCCUAGCUGCAGGUCAUAUCACAUGAGGAGCCUGGCAUGUCUGACGGCCCUGGGCCGCUAUACUGACUGUCUGAGGCUGGUCAGUAACUGGCUGGAGGCAGACUCUCAGACCGCAGAUCUGUUCACCCUCAGAGCACGGCUCCACAAACAGCUCAACCAGGUAAAAAUGUGCUACCAUGAUCUGAGGUCCGCUUUGAUUCUCAGUCCGUCGUGCCCAGAGGCAGGUGCCCUGCUGGGCCAGCUAGAGGAGGCCAGUGAAAGGGCCAGGCAGCAGGCCGUCAGCAGGGCCCUGGCAGGGGAGCUCACAGAGGCCCUGUCCAAGAUCAACACAGCCCUGGAGCAUUGCCCUGAGACUGGGCGGCACUACCUCUUCAGGGGUAUUCUGUACCGCAGGCUGAAAGAGUUUACUGCUGCCAUUGAGGACUUGGUCCUGGCUGUGGAGCUGAGUGAGGCUGGAGAUGCGGGAGACCAGGGGUCGGAGCUGAGCGGACACACCCAGGAAGACUGGAGGGCCGUGCAGGGAGAGGCCCAGGUCCAGCUGGUGCUCACCUACAAUGACUUUGCUGUGCAGUGCUUCUCCCGUAGCUUCUACACAGAGGCAGUCCUGCUGCUCAACAAGGCCAUCCAAGAGCAGAAGGAGGAGAGUGGCCUCUACAUCAACAGAGGAGACUGUUUCUUCAAGCAGGAUGAGUGGGAGUUUGCCCUGGCUGACUACCAGCAGGCGAAGGAGAUCUCUCCUGAUGACCAGGUCAUUAGGAUCCGCCUCGCUGUCAUCCACAACACCCUGGGAACACACUGCUACCAGGACCGGAAGUACCAGGAGGCAGCUGACAAGUUCUCUGAGGCCAUCAAUUAUAACCCUGGAGUUAGCCGGUACUAUGAGAACCGAGCCAAAGCCCACAGUAAACUGCCCAACGUUGAGGGGGCCAAGCAGGAUGCCAUCAGUACCCUCAUCCUGGACCCCACUAAUGAUCAGGUGGUCCCUCUGCUGCUGAGUCUAUUCCCAGGCUGCUCCGUGUCAGAUGUUCUGUCCAGUGAAACGGCCAGGACGGUCAAAGCCCAGCUGAUGGACAGCAUCCAGGCCUGCAAACAAUCUGCAUCCUCCGUGUUAAGGGCAGUUGCACAGGUCCAGAUGAAGACUUAUCCUGGACUACAAAUAAGCUUUUUCAACAGAGAGUCUCAAUUAAUGUGCAGUGAGCUUGACAAGAUAACCCUGUCGCAUGACGCAGACAGCCAGUCUGACAGCCAAUCCUCAGAGGACCAGUUCGACCAGGGGGCGGAGCCUCUUAAAGCCUGUGUGGACCCGCAGGAGGUAUACCAGCAGAUUGUCAGGAUCAACCAGCAGGUGAAGCGAGCAGUGCGAUUGGCCCUCGAAUGGCGGCAGCCUCUACAUUAUGACGGGCCCCGUCUGUCCCCCGGCUGCACAGUGGAACAGGAGCAAUCUGCACUGGGCUCAAAGGACAGGCCAUACCACUGGAGGAAGUUUGGGGGGUUUGGAGUGAAUUCCAAAUGAGCAGCAACACUAUGGUAUUUACUACUGUUUGGUUGACAUGGUGGAACUGUUGGUCCACUGUUGCUCUUCAGCCCUCUGAGCUUGAGUGUGGCCAUAGUAAUGUAGAGGUUGUGAUGGUACCAUAUUGUUCUUAAUCCAAUAGGUGUCAGUAGAGGCACAAUGUUCCAUAGUUCCACCUCACCUGUUUGGAUUUAUUUAAUUGAUCCAUUAAUCUAGAUUGUCAGGGCACAACGAUUUUGUUAUGGUAUUUUCCUCAAGUUUUUGUAUUGUUUAUGUCCAUAGAUUAACAGGCAUAUGGAGACAUGUGAAGGGCGUAUGACAAAAGGGAAUAGGUGGGGCAGUUCAUUGAUAUGACAGACAUAAAGGAUGGAGAUACUGUACUGUAGCUCUAUUGUGUCGGUUCUAUAAGCUUGAGAAUUUAGUUGAAUGUUAAUACCAUUGUCUGUUUAGCAAUUUCUUUUAACAGUAAAUCUUUAUUUUUAACAGAUUGUUUUGCGUUGGAAAUUUGUCUGAAAAGUAUGUUUUGCCAAAUUAAAAGAUAUUUAUCCAGACUAUA